AUGCAAUCAAAUACUAUUGAGAAAAAUGGCAUUUCUGUCAUAAAAUCAAGCCUAAUUAGUAUUGAAGAAACUAAAAAAUUCAAGGAUUUAUUAGAUACAGUACUAAAAAAAGAUACAUUGUUUCUUGAAGAAUUACAAGUAAAAGUAGAAUUUCAAAAUAAUGAUUUGUCAGUUUGGCAUGAUGUAAUUUAUGGACUUGAUGAAAAUUUAGAAGCAUGCAUUCAAUUAAAAUCAGCAUUUGAUUUGAUGAUGAGACAAACAAUUAUAAAGAAAUUACCACAACCUAAAAUCAUAAAAUUUCAUACUGAUCUACUUUUUAAUGAUCUUUUGAAGAUUCUCAGAGAAAAAGAGCUAGGCUGGUUAAACAACAAUCAUUUGACAAUUGGCAAUAGUUUCAUUAACAAAAUCACAAAUUUGGUAUGGUAUUUGGAUCCUCAUCAUCACAAACUAGAAAAAAGAGGUUUGAGGCUUCCAAACCUUAUAGCUAAUCUCCCUGAAUAUAUUUCUAAUAGUAAUUAUAAUCUUUAUUAUCACAAUAUGAAACAUAAAAAGGUCAAAAUCUCACAUGAAAAAUUAGAUGCACUAAUCCAAUCUUUAAAUAUAUCUCUUCAACAACCAUGGACAAGUUUUUCUUAUUGGAAAGAGAUUAUACAAGAGAUUCAUCAUCUAGUACAAAUUACUCAAGAUUAUUCUAUUUAUCUUAAAGGAAUCAAUGUUAGGAUGAAAUCUAUUCAUACUAGUCUGGUUCCUGCCAGAAAUGCAAGAGAUGAUAUUUUUGUAAAAGAUUAUGAAGCACAUGAUGUGUAUCCACCUCAAUAUAAACCUUUGGUGACUCUUCUAAAAGAAUCUAAUUAUUAUGAGAUUUUAAAUAUUGAUGAUUUGCUCACAUCAAAACCACAAGAAAAUUACCUCUAUUUCAAAAUAUAUGUACUGAUACAUCUUUCACUUUCAUCAUCUUCUGUAAUGAAAGUGCUAUAUCAAGAUCUGACAGGUGAUGUUUCAAAACCAAAUGAUGAGCAAAGUAAAGAUAUUCAAGAGAGGAUGAAAUUAAUGUUAGAUACGCAAGAUCCUGACAUAAUGAUAGAUCUGAGAAAAACUAUUGGAGAAAGAUCAACCAAGUUUGAUAUAUUUUGGGAUGAGAUGGAAGAUUAUUUUAAUGAAAAUUCACCCUCUGUACAUGAAAGAAGUCAUACUACAACUUUGUAUAUGCCAAUUGCUAUGUCUGUCAAUGAUCUUUUACAAACAAUUUUAGAAAGAUUAAGAAAUAAAUACAAUGGUGAUAUUCCCCCAGAAAUUGAAAUACCUUCAAAUGAAUGGGUAAGGCUGCAGUUUUGGCCCAAAAGUGAAUUUGCAAGAAGUAGGAAUACAGGAAGGUUUAGAAUUAGAUAUAAAGUCCAGGCAAGACAGCUUUGUAAAUUUCAUGUUGAUGCUCAUUACUGUGCUGCACUCUGGAAAAACUUCUGUGAAUUCUCAAUCAAAUUUAAAGAUCACACUACUUUGAUUUGUGCAGAUGAUAAACACAAAGUUCCCAUAGGUGAAUUUGUUGCUACUUCAACAGGAAUACGAAAUAAACAGUCAAUAACACCUUUAGAUGGAAUACUAAAUUCCAGUGACCAUGAUUUCACAAAAUUGUCAUUAACACCUUCAGUUUCUUUGUUUGUCGAUAUUCCUAAUGAAAUCACAGAAUCAUUUUAUAAAGGUCAAGUAUAUGUAGCUUAUAAGGAUACAAUCCUACAACCAAGUUCAGCUCUACGCCAUUCUACUGAAUUUUACAACAAUUAUUGUGCUCAGUUCCAAAACCAUCUUGCAAAACCAAAAAUAUUGCUACUAUAUACUGAUGCUGCUGUUCAAACUGCUCCUUAUCACAGUUGGGCAAAUCCAGCAGAAUGCAUGAUGUCAAUAUUAAAUCUAGCUUUGCAGGGAGUUGCUUUAAAAAGGGAAUCCAUGAAUAUACGUAUUGGUUCUGAAAAAAAUUCUAUAUUCAAAGAAGAACUAAUUGAAUCUAUGAAAAAAACACAAGAUUUUCUUAAUGAAAGAACUUCACAUCUUUCAUUACAUGAUACAAAAUUUAGAAGUAGCUCACCUGCACUAGAAUCAGAUAUAGAAACAUUAUUUGCAUCCAUCUUAUUAAUUGAAGAGCAGAUUACUAUCAAUGAUACUACAUCUGUAGAAUUAAAAGGAUUCCAAAAGCUUAAAAAUUUUAUGAGCACUCAUUGUCAAAUUAGACAGUAUUCUUUUCAAGUUAAAAAAUGCAAUAGGAAUGAGUGCAGAGUUUGUUUACCAAUUGAAUUACCAAUUGAAGUAUAUAAUAAUUUCCACUUUUUACCUGAUCCUGAACCAUCAAUAUCAGAUCCUGAUCACUACAGGGAAUUUUCUAGCAUAUAUGGUACUCAAACUUCAGAAAAGUUUCGUCCAAGUAAAUUAGAACAACCAGAAGCAACUUUGAUAGAACAACAGAUUUCUGCAUUAAGGCUCAAAAUUGAUGAAAAUAACUACACUUGUGGAAUAGAAGGUUGGAUGCUUACCUCACAGAUGCUUCAAGAUGUUGCCUUUACUUGUCAAUCUAUCACAUGUGAUUCUCCAAUUGAAAAUGGAUAUUAUUCAUCUCGCAAAAAAAAACCACCUAUUUGCUAUUAUUGUGGCAGGAGCAAUUUAUUAGUUGAGAUAAACAAUGAUUUGCUUAACAUGCAUCAAAUUGUAUACCCUCUUUGUUCUAAUUGUGAACUUGCUGUCAUAUAA